GGCAAUGCAGCGACCGAGGCUGGCGAGGAUUCCAAGAGCCUUCCAGAAGUUAUCUUUGCGUUCUUGAUUAUAUCCUUGUUAAAAGAGAUAUUUCAGAUAUUUUGGCAGCGUCUGGGAUACUUUAAGGAUUACACAAAUUUGAUAGACCUAAGCAUGUAUUUGAGCACUUUAAUCUUUAUUCUACCUUAUUUGACCAAUCAAGAGCUGUAUGGCGACGUUCGCGUGCAGUGGACUUUCGGAACGUUAGCCUUGUUGCUAUGCUACAGCAAUUGGUGUCUCUCUUUACGUCGCAUAACUUCCUUAUCGUUAUACAUAACCAUGUACAUCGAGGUACUGCAGACAUUUGUGAGGGUGAUCCUCAUCUUUGCCGUCUUGCUCUUGGGAUAUGCAUUGGUCUUCUACGUUCUUUUAAAAGAAGAGGUAAGAUGUUAAUUUUUUGAAGCUAACGUUGUGCAAUGUUGAUUACUAGCAUGCACAAUAAGAACCACCGACCAUAAAUAUGGAGAAUCCGCCAACUGUUGCAAAAUUUCGUUAUUCGUUUUAUUUUUUGCUGAAGGACCCUUUGAUGAACCUUUUUCUAAAAUUAGAUCCUGUUUAUUUUUGCCAAAAUAGUUUCCAUCAAUAGCAUUGGAUGAGUUGUUACCGGCUCAUUCAGGUCUGCGGUUGAAACUUCAAUAGAAUUUAAAUUCUCAUUACCUUUACGUCGAGGGUUGAUCACAACUUACAGUUUUUUAGAUAUCUUGGUCACUGUGUGCGCUUACGUUGCCUUUCUUUUCAGGAUACCUUUUCAUCUGUUUGGGUUUCGAUGGCGAAAAUAUUUGUUAUGUUGUUGGGCGAAGUGGACUAUACUGACAUUCUGUCUGACAACGUGGGGAACAGCGCUAAAGUCCCGGGCACGAGUAACCUGUACGUUCCUCUACCGGUGCUGUCGUAUAUCUUGUUCAUACUGUUCGUGUUGUCAGUCUCCAUCGUCCUUAUGAAUCUCCUGGUGAGUCACUGUACCCAUAAUUAGCUCCAUACUCGAUGGUGCGAUCAAAAGAAAAAAAAAAAAGGUUACAAAUACUCAAAGCCGACUUGUAUGUUAUUCAUCUUAAUUCCGACCCGGGAACUAGGCUAUAUAGUUCAUUACAGGGCCCCUUAAACGUACACUAGUGUCUUUCACACUACCUUAGUUUAAUGAUUUACUUUGUGUAUAGGCCCCUUUUAAAUUUGUUUUUUCUUCUGAUUAGCCUCAGUGAUAGUUUUACUUUGGUGAGUCCUUAACGGAAUUCUCCAAUUGAGGGCCUUACCUGUACACUAGUGUCAGACUUAUUGGAAUACAUGAUUUACCUUGUGUUCUUACUGACUCCUUCUCGAAUUUUCGGUUUUUUUUGACCUCUUUAGUAGUUAACUUUGGCUUUGCAACAUUCAACUGAGAAGCGCUCUAAUUACUGUUACUAUGUUAGGUCGGUCUGGCCGUUGGGGACAUAGACUCUAUUCAGAAGACAGCAACUCUGCGAAAUUUGAUAGAUCAAGCUUUGUUAGUGGACAGUAUACGAAAGAGAUAUCCGACGUGGAUGUUAAGACUAACUUACAAAGAAUACCUUGAGUUCAAACUGAAUCAGAACACGACUGUUAAGAGGUAUGUUUUGCAUUAAAACGUACUCAGAUCGUGUUGGUGAACUACUCAAAGCCCGCUCUUAAAAUGCAUAUUUGAAUUGUGUGGAUUUCUCUAGUGGAGUUGAAAGUUGAAAGCUUCUACAGAAUGACUCUUGAAACGGCCUUCUGAAUUUCCUAAUUUUUAAUACAAAUGCAAUAAACAAAGGCGGCCGCCUUUAUUCAAGGAGAAUCAUUUGCAAAGGGGAAAUGCUCUUAUGAUAUAGUAAUUACCCGAAAAACGUGUCAUAUAUACAGUGCUAUUGUGAAAAAAAGAAGAGUCACAAAUUCUGCUUUUCUUUCAGAUUUGUAUUUUCAGGUACGGGUCUCUCAAAUGAAGAUUUCCUGGAUAUCAUUGGCAAGAACGAAUCCAGCCAAAACGAAGAUGAAGGUGACUUAGAUGAGUAUGAUCGGCAGAGGAUCGAAAGGCAAGAAGAACAAAUUAAGAGACUUCAAGCCACUGUAGAUGCUCAAAGCAAAGUACUCACAGCCAUAGCUAAUAAACUGGGGAUAAAUGAAUAA